AUGGACCCGAAACCGGUGGCCGACAGCAAGUUGACGGAGCCUGCAGUGCUCAAGGAUUCUCACGAUGAAGUGCCCUUCGACCAAUCCGAGUCGCUGAAGCCGGCAGUGAACAGGCGGUUGCUGAUGAAGACGGAUCUCGUGGUCCUGCCUUGUCUCGUCAUCAGCAUGACGUUGGCCUUCCUCGACAAGAACGCGCUCGGUUUUGCCGCAAUCUUUGGCCUCAGGACCGACGCCAACCUCAAGGGCCAGGAGUACUCGUGGCUGGGCAGCAUCUUCUACUUUGGAUACCUGGCCAUGGAGCUGCCCAGCCUGUGGCUCAUCACCAAGGUGCCCAUCGGAAAGUACAUCAGUGCUUGCCUCAUUCUCUGGGGCGCCGCCAUCUGCCUGAUGGCGGCUUGCCACAACUUUGCCGGGCUGGCGACCAUCCGCGUGCUUCUCGGAAUCUUCGAGGCGGCCCUGCUGCCGUGCAUGUUGGUGCUGAACUCGACUUGGUACCGCCGCGAGGAGCAGCCGCUCCGGACUGCGCUUUGGCACAACACCUUUGCUGGCGUCUUUGGCGGUAUCUUGUCGUAUGCUAUCGGCAACAUCAAGGGGUCGUUGUCUACAUGGAAGUACAUCUUCAUCAUCUACGGAGCCGUCACCAUCUUCACCGGCUUCAUCAUCUUCUUUGCCCUGCCGGAUUCCCCUGCCAAAGCCUGGUUCUUCACUGAAGAGGAGAAGAAGGCAGUCAUCAUCCGUCUGGCGGAGAACCAGACGGGUGUCGACAACCACAAGAAAUUCGACAGGAAACAAAUCAUCGAAGCCCUGAAGGACCCAAAGUGCUGGUGCGUCUGGGCCUGCGGCAUCGGCUACGCCAUCGCCAACGCGGGCAUCACCAACUUCAACCCGCUCAUCAUCGCGGGGUACGGCUUCAGCCAGACCAAGACGGUGCUCAUGGCGACGCCGCAAGCCGCCGUCGCCAUGGUGGCCGGCGCCGUCCUGACCGCCAUCUCGCACUUUGUGCAGAACCUGAGGUGCUUCUUCUGGAUCAUCUCUGCCCUCAUCGGUCUCGCUGGCGCUGUGAUGGUGCAUACCCUUGAUGUGACUUCUGCGCGCAACGCAUCGCUAGCGGGCGUGUACAUCAUGGGGUUCUACAACGUUCCGUGGGUGUUUAUGCUGAGUCUCAACUCGUCAAACACCGCGGGCGCGACAAAGAAGAGUUUCAUGGGUGUCUCUGUCGCCGUAUGCUAUGCUAUCGGAAACAUCAUCGGACCGCAGCUCUUCCUCUCCAGCCAGGCCCCGAGAUACCCCCUGGGCAUCGGCGCGAUGAUGUUCGCGUUUGCCCUCAUGGCCGCUUCGGGCGUGGCAUACUACGUCUUGUGUGUUUUUGAGAACAAGCGCCGCGACGCACAGUAUGGUAUUCCGGAAGACAAGGUCCAGGCUGGCCUCGAGUCUGAGAGACAGGAUAAGACGGACUGGGAGAAUAAGGGAUUCCGUUACACCUACUAG